AUGUCUGCCUCAGAAACCAUGAAAGUGGCUGCUCUAGGUCAGCCCUUCACCUUGGGGAUGCUCUAUAAUGCCUGCAGAGACGAACUGAUCCCAGGUUUCACUCUGUGGGACACAGCGACUCUAGAAAGCCAGACCUCUGAAAGUGCUCAAAAAAGCAGUUCUUUUAAGAUUUCGGCCUCCGACACCAUUGAAUCAAGGUCUUCUCUGAUGGAUAUCGAAGCUUCUCUGAAGCUCAGUUUCUUGGGUGGGCUGGUUGAAGUUGGAGGAUCUGCCAAGUACCUGAAAGACCAGAAGAAAUUCAAGAACCAGAGCAGGGUAACCUUUCAGUAUAACGCUACCACCAUCUUCAAGCAGCUUUCUGUACCUGCUCUCGGGCCACUGAAUAGCCAACAAAAACAAAUCAUCGAGAAAGGCAAGGCAACACACAUCGUCACCGGCAUCCUUUAUGGGGCAAAUUCAGUCUUUGUGUUCGACAGUGAGAAGUUGGAAUCCAGCAGUGUUCAAGAUAUCCAGGGCAACAUGGAAGUUGUGAUCAGAAAGAUUCCUUCAUUUAGCAUUGAAGGCAGCGCUCGCGUACAUCUGUCUGAAGAAGAACAAGCGCUGACAAACAAGUUCAACUGUAAAUUUUUUGGGGACCUCAUCCUUGAAACAAACCCUGCCACAUUUAUCGAUGCAGUGAAAGCCUACUGUGAGCUUCCAGCGCUGCUGGCACACAAGGACAACAGUGCUCCUCUGGUUGUCUGGCUGCAUCCUCUGAAUUCGUUGUACGCUGAGGCUCCUAAGCUGAUCAGAGACCUCAGCAUUGCACUGGCAAGGAAAAUUCAAACUGUCAUGGAAGAUGGAAAUGAAGUGCAAAUGAGAUGCAAUGACAGCUUGUUUAGCAGCGUGGCACGGGAAUUCACUGUCAUUCACAAAAAUUUAAGCUGCUUUAAAAAGUUGUGUUCUUUUUACACAUCUUCAAUCAAACAGAUGUUGGCUAAGAAUCUUCCCGUUAUCCGUGACGGCAAACAAGAUGAGAGCACGUUGGCAAAAGUCCUAAGCGACCAUGACAAGUCUCCAUUCAAUCAAGAACACCUUUCCAAGUGGUUGGACACCAAAGAACGAGACAUCAAUGUCAUUCGGUCCUGUGUCGAGAUGAUAAUGCGUGAAUCAAAUGCCCGCGUUGUUCGCACAAAGACCGAAUUGGAUCGAGCGGUUCUUGCUCCAGGUGUCACCAAUGUUCUCGUCUAUGUGUUCACCAACUUGGACCCUGUUGACCAUUGCCUUGAUGCCAUGGCCAAAUACUUGGACACAUUCCAAAUCCAACAAACCAACGAAGAAUCGUUCUUCACGAAUGCCGAUAUCAUCCAAAUGAGAGAAGACGCCCAAACGUUCCUCAAAUAUGCCAAACCUCUGAGGCGUAGCAGCAGUGUAAAGUUCCUCAUAACUGCCCUACCAAAUAAGAACUACAAGGCAUCGACCAUCUACCAUUAUAAGAAUGGCCUUCUGUUCAGUGACAAGUUCACAGUGCCACCCCUCCCAUCACCGAGGGACAUCACAGACAGAAGUGAUGUCAUCUGGCAUGCCAUUGAUCUCACACUGGAUGAAAAUACCGCCAACAAAGACCUCACCGUGUCUGAGGAGAACAAGAAGGUGACAAAUGGCAGUACCAGAUCAUAUCCUUCUAACUCAGAGAGGUUUACUGAUCAACCUCAAGUUCUCUGCAAGGAAGGGAUGACCGGUCGUCAUUAUUGGGAGGUUGAGUGGAGGGGUGACGCUUAUGUGGGGGCUGCAUAUGGUUCUGCCCCAAGGAAAGGUACAGCGACCUGGCCGAAAAGUGCAAAGUUCGGAGAUGGAUUUCAUUCCUGGACAAGUCGAGUAAAGAACAACUUUGAAGUGUGGGCACAAAGCAUGGGUUUCCCUAUCAUGCUGUGGCUAGAGGAGCUUGCUGGCGUACAAAAGUUGGGAGUGUUUCUCGACUGCCCAGGUACUUCUCUUUCCUUCUAUGGUGUCUCUGGGAACAAAAUGAAACACUACUACACCUUCAAUAGGCCAUUUGAAGAAGCGGUUUAUGCAGGUUUUGGAGUACACGAAAAACAGAGUUAUGCUUUACUGUCACCGUUUUAGACACCGCAGCAAACCCCACGUGCCGAUUCGAUUAUCAGCUGUGCAACAGUUUUAGAUUGACUGUUUUAAACAGCUUUGUAGUUCUUAAAACCACAAGCUUCAGGACUAAA